GGAGUCAUGGAGUUGGCAGAGCAAGUUGAACCAUCCACUUGGAACUACCUAAACCAUCAUCAUGGGCAAGAUCGUCUUUUACGAGGAGAGGAACUUCCAGGGUCGUUCCUAUGAGUGCAUGAGCGACUGCUCUGACAUGUCCUCCUACCUGAGCAGGUGCCAGUCCUGCAGGGUGGAGAGCGGCUGCUUCAUGGUGUACGAGCGCAACAACUACAUGGGAAGCCAGUUCUUCAUGAGGAGGGGCGAGUACCAGGACAUGCAGCGCAUGAUGAGCAUGGGAAUGAUGUUCGACAACAUCAGAUCCUGCAGAAUGAUCCCCUUCCACAGAGGCCAGUUCAGGAUGAGGAUCCACGAGAGGGAGAACUUCGGUGGUCAGAUGAACGAGCUGAUGGACGACUGUGACAACAUCAUGGACCGUUACCGCAUGUCCGACUGCCAGUCCUGCAACGUGAUGGACGGCCACUGGCUGAUGUACGAGCAGCCCCAGUACAGAGGCAAGAUGAUGUACAUGAGGCCCGGAGAGUACAGGAGCUUCAGGGACAUGGGCAUGAGCGGCCAGAGGUUCAUGAGCAUGAGGCGUAUCACCGAUAUGUGCUAGACUUCUGUAUCUGACUUAAGUAAAUAAAAACGAUGUUUAAUUAUUAA